AUGCCCACUUUUGACGAAUUCAAGACCGAGGGCAACCGUGCAUUUGCUGCUGGAGAGUACAAACGUGCUGCCAAGAUAUAUCGUGAUGCCAUUUCCCAACACGGAAAUCAUGCUGUGCUUUACUCUAAUAGGGCUCAGUGCUUCCUAAAUUUGAAAAACUGGGAUAGAGCAUAUAAAGACGCAGAAGCUGGGCUU